UGCUGGAAGAACUCUCAGGAAUAUUUUUAUUCUACAAGCGUCUGACCUGAUUAAAGACAGGGUGUACCUUACUGGCAUUUGCAGGAGAAGCUGUGUUGGAUCAGAACUGGUAGACUGGCUUUUGGAGCAGUGCCCAUUUGUUAAGUGCAGAUCUACAGCAGCUGGAGUGUGGCAGCUCCUCCUGGAUAUGGGCAUUAUAUUAUCAGUGGACAGACAACUCUGUUUUCAAGACACUCGCGCUUUCUACCAGUUCUCAGUGGAUGAAUGUACCUACCUAUUCUGUGACUAUGAGAAAGAGGAAGGAUGGAAGAAUGGAGUAAAGCUCCUACUUCAACUACUGCCGUUAUCUCCUGCCAGGAUUGACAUGUGUAAUCUGCCUGAUCACAGAAUAGACGAUACAGCAGAAACCAAUGCCGAGAUUCUUGCUCAUCUCAGUUCUGCGGUGCAGAGAGAACUGGCUGCUGUCAUUGCCUUGAAAGCAAGGAAGUCAGUAAUUCAUCAAAAUGAAGAAAAUGGUGGUCAAGACAUAAGAGGACUAGAACAGCUCAAGGAUACUUCUGAUACUCAGGCAGGGGUUUUGUGCAAGCUCCAGGGAAGAGAUGACAUUGGACGGAUUGAGCUGGUCCAGAAGCUGGCAAGAGAAAACUGCCAGUUUUUGCAGGCGGAUAGAAAACAACUGAAGAAGGCAGAGCAAAAGGCGGACGAUGGAGGCGGCGGUGAGCGGGCGCGGGAGGAGGCCGGCGCAGCGCUGGUGCUGAGGAAGGUGUGGUCACGCAGCCCAGCCCCCGAGCGGCGCGGGAGAUACGUGGUGGUGUCGGGGACGCCGGAGAAGAUUUUGGAGCAUCUGCUCAGCGACCUACACCUGGAAGCCGCCCAGGACAAAGAGACCGAAACUCUCCUGGAUGACUUCCUUCUCACGUACACAGUCUUCAUGACGACCGAUGACUUGUGCCAGGCACUUCUGAGGCACUAUUGUGCUAAGAGCCACCAAGGUAAAGAAGAUGACUCUGAUGUGUCCUGUAGGAAACGAAAAGUCUUGCAUUUGGUGUCACAGUGGACUUCUCUCUACAAAGACUGGUUACAUGAAGAUGAGCAUUUAAAACAAUUUUUAAAGACAAUAUACAGGAAUGUGUUAGAUGAUGUGUAUGAAUAUCCAGUUCUUGAGAAGGACCUGAAAGAAUUCCAGAAGAUUCUGGGGGUGCAUCGUCGGCACACUGUAGAUGAGUAUUCACCUCACCGAAAGAAUAAAACCUUUUUCCACCAGUUCAGUCUAAAGGAGAACUGGCUGCAGCACAGGGGAACCAUGAAUGAAACAGAAGAAAUUUUCUGCCGUGUGUAUAUAACAGAACACUCCUAUGUCAGUGUGAAAGCUCAAGUAUCCACUUCAGCUCUAGACAUACUGAAGAUUGUAGCAGAAAAGAUCCAGUACGUGGAGGAAGAGCUGGUGCUGGUGACAGUCACAUUCUCUGGUGAAAAACAUGAGCUACAGCCAAAUGACUUGGCUAUCUCAAAAUCUUUGGAUUCAUCCAGUCGUAUGUUUGUGUACCGGAAAGAUCUGACUGAUUCUUUGCACCCAUUUGGUGAAAAUGAGGAAUUGCAGCAAAGGUCUGUAAGAAUUUUGGGAAUCAACACCUGGGAUCUUGCCUUAGAACUAACAAACUUUGACUGGAGCCUCUUCAAUGCAAUUCAUGAGCAAGAGCUGAUAUACUUCACAUUCAGCAGACAGGGCAGUACUGAAAACACUGAGAAUCUCAGUCUUCUGCUUCAAAGAUGCAACGAGGUCCAGCUUUGGGUUGCCACUGAGAUACUCCUCUGCAGCCAGCUCUGCAAACGUGUACAGCUAGUCAAAAAGUUCAUCAAGAUUGCUGCCCACUGUAAAGCCCAAAGAAAUCUGAAUUCAUUCUUCGCUAUUGUUAUGGGUCUCAAUACUUCAUCUGUCAGCCGGCUGUCUCUGACCUGGGAGAAAAUUCCUGGGAAGUUCAAGAAACUUUUCACUGAGCUUGAAAGUUUGACAGACCCUUCUUUGAAUCACAAAGCUUACAGAGAUGCAUUCAAGAAAAUGAAAUCACCGAAAAUCCCCUUCAUGCCCUUACUUCUGAAAGAUGUAACAUUCAUCCAUGAAGGAAAUAAAACUUUUCUGGAUAACCUCGUUAACUUUGAGAAGCUGCACAUGAUUGCAGAUACUGUUCGGUCAUUGAGACAUUGCAGAAACAACCAGCUUGGCAAUGAAGUUCCUUCAAAAGAGCAUCACGAGCUGAAGCCAUACGUCCAUCACCUGCAUGUCAUUGAUAACCAGCAAGCUCUGUUUGAUCUUUCUCACAGGAUAGAGCCGAGAGCGUGAGCGUACAUGGCUUCAUAUAACCUUGUAACUCCAGCACUUUGAAUUAAGUGAAUGUUUAUGCCAAGCAUGUUGCUUCCCUAUAUAAGAACAGUUUACUGAGUUUUAUCAGUAGCUCACACAACAUGCACAGGAAAAUCAGGCAAGAGCCAGCAAAGGAGCUGCUCACAGAGUUGCAGGGUGAGAUUGGUGCCAUCCCUGCUGGACACUAGCACCCCAGGGAGGAGAGCAGCAUCCUUUGAGCUCAGAAGCUUGGUUUCUGUGAAAAUAUUGUUUGGUCCAGUGUAGCUUUCAAUGCAAAUCCUGACAGUAUCAGAAUGAAAGGAAUGGUCGUGUCGCAGCAGCAAAACAUUUCAGCCAGCAACAUGCCACAAGGGGAUUGAUUGUCAGUUCACCACAGUAUGUACUUCACUAAUUCAAGGCUGCCAAAGUAUUGUUGCCAGAAAUACUGGGCAAUCCAUGCAGCUCCCCAGAGUCCAUUGGAGCAUCUUCUUUAAGACAAGUGCUGACAACCAAGAAUGAGAAUAUAAAAAGACAGCACACCAGAUGAAACUCAAGAGUGCAUUGUGAAGGUCAGCAAUAAACAACAGUUCACACUGUUAUGGCCCAUUAAGAAUCUGCUUUAUAAAACACACUGAAAGAGCCAAUCCACUUUUGCUGCAAUUUAUGGACACAAUUGUUUGUACACUGAAAACAUGUUAUUUUCUUCCUUUUCAGUUAUCUGAGAUUUAGCACCAGCUCCUGCAGUUAAUGUUUUGUAAAUUAUGAUAGUGGGAGCUUUGUUUUCUGCUUGGAUUACAGCCUUCUUGGUGUCUACUCAAAGGCAAUGCCUAGAUCCACCUACAUUCCUAAUUCACCUCCUGGAAAUACUACUUCAGCGGGUAAAGCUUCACCUAACUUGCACAUGCUUCUAGUAUUUAAACAACUAAAGGGUACACCUUACAGGGUACCAGUGUAAUUACCUGCAUACACACUGGGCUCUCAGUUCAGAGUCCUUUUAUUGCUUUUGUCCCUCUCACACCCCUCCCCAUGCCAAUUCUUCUAUAGCUAAAAGUACUACUUCUGGGCAUGUCCUGAGGCAGCAUUUCUGAAGUCUUGUCUACAGCUGACCUACAUCUAAGCACCACCAUCACCGAUCACGGUAGUUCUGGUUUUGAGCGCUAAGCUGCCCUGAAAUAAUCUAGUGAAUACCACAGGCAAUGUGUUACGCAGUCUGGCAUGCAUUUGUAUACUGACUUACGGCAACAGUCCCUUUGCAGAGCAGGGAGAAUACAUUGCACAGCUUGCCCAUCUCUAUUGUAUGUUUUCCACAUGAGGAAGACUUUCAAGAAAAUGCUCCUUUACUGAAAUGUGGGAAUACUGAAGCAGCAUGCUCUUCAUAAUUGUGUUAUCUCUGGUUUAAAGGGAUUAAAAAAGAAACAGCUUUAACAAGUAGUCUCUGGGAAUCUGUAGAAUGCAUUUGGUUUUCCCAUCUGUGAAAUACUGUAUAAAUCUGUUGUAAAGGAAACAGAUGUUUCAGAAGUGUAUUUGCUUGUACUUUGUUAUUAUCAAAUACUAUAUGUUUUUUUUUUAGGAAAAAAAAUAUCUUUUUACCCAGUAAAAAGAAAAAAAUAAACUCUUGCUGGCCAUGGAGUAAAAAUUU